AUGUCGGAUAGUUUGGACUUUUCAUGGAACGACCGUGGCUUCCUUACCACUCAGGUGCAACCUACAGGAAACCUAUGGGAUGCCGUCCUCUCUCCUCCGAAUAAUCCUGAUCAAACCUUGCCGAUAACGGGAGAACCUUCGUCAUCCGGCGGCGUUUGGUUAACUGGAUCGCCGCCUGCAACGGUGGACUCCCCGCCGAACGUCCACGACCCGCCAGCAGAGCAGUCCCCGGUAUCAAGAAGUGACCUGUUGUCCUUUGCGGGCACAGCAUCUCCCCAUCAGCCUGCGGGAACAGUGAGCAUGUUUUCCGAGGGCCUGGCGACUUCUGGUCCUGGAGAGGCGGACGAGGUGGCCGUCGGGACGGACGGAGAUGGGAGCCGAGGAAACUCGGGACUAGGGGCCGGUGGGGGCCGAGCCGACGAUAUCGAUGGUGGCUCCUUGUGUUCCCCCUGGAACUACAACAACCUGCUGCAAGAUGAGCUGUUCCCGUCGAUAGGUGACCUGUUGUCCUUGGCGGGCACAGCAUCGCCCCAUCAGGCUGCAGGGACAGUGAUCAAGUUUUCCGAGGGCCUGGCGAUUUCUGGUCCGGGAGAGGGGGACGAGGUGGCCGUCGGGACGGACGGAGAUGGAAGCCGAGGAAACCCGGGACUAGGGGCCGGUGGGGGCCGAGGAAACUACGGGGAGGUACUAGGGGACGGAGGCCGAGGAAUCUACUGGGAGACACGCGGGGGUGGGGGCCGCGGAAACUUCAGGCAGGCACUCCGGGAUGGGGGCCGAGGAUACAACGGGGAGACACUCGGGGGUUGGGGCCGAGGAAACUACGGGCAGGCACGCGGGGGUGGGGGUCGCGGAAACUACGGGCAGGCACGCGGGGGUGGGGGCCGAGGAAACUACGGGCAGGCACGCGGGGGUGGGGGCCGAGGAAACUACGGGCAGGCACGCGGGGGUGGGGGCCGAGGAAACUACGGGCAGGCACUCGGGGGUGGGGGCCGAGGAAACUACGGGGAGACACGCGGGGGUGGGGGCCGAGGAAACUACGGGCAGGCACUCUGGGGUGGGGGCCGAGGAAACUACGGGGAGACACUCUGGGGGUGGGGGGGGGGAGGAAACUACGGGCAGGCACUGGGGGGUGGGGGCCGAGGAAACUACGGGGAGACACGCGGGGGUGGGGGCCGAGGAAACUACGGGCAGGCACUCGGGGGUGGGAGCCGCGAAAACUACCUGGAGGCACCCGGGGGUGGGAGCCGAGGAAACUACGGGCAGGCACUCGGGGGUGGGGGCCGAGGAAACUACGGGGAGGCACUCGGGGGUGGGGGCCGAGGAAACUACGGGCAGGCACGCGGGGGUGGGGGCCGAGGAAACUACGGGGAGACACGCGGGGGUGGGGGCCGAGGAAACUACGGGCAGGCACUCGGGGGUGGGGGCCGAGGAAACUAA